CUUUGGUUGCUAUCAGAUGACGUAAAGUGAGGCGAUGUGUUUUUCUGUCGUUGGUGACAAAAAGGGAACUCUUGACACUAGAAACGCCUUGUCAUGUUUUACCUCGGUCCACAGUGUGGCUAAAAAAUCAUUACUCAGCAGCGCGCGUGCAGGCACUUUGGCACUUUGUCCUCUCGCGGCGCCUGUCUCGAGAGUGACCGGAUGCUGUUGUUUGAGAGAAGCAGCUCGCUGCCGUGUCGCGCUCGCGCUUCUCGUCUCGCUGCGGUCGUGUCCCUCACUUUUGACUUGCACCUUUGUUUGUGUAAUAAUGGCCAUUAAUAAAACUUACAUUAGUAUCGGCUAUGCCUCUUUCGGUAUGCUCAUGGGAUUUUCUGCUUUCCUGGUGUGGAACAUCGUGUUCAACCAGCCGUGGACUGGAGCCAUGGGAGGACUGUCAGGUAAAGUAAACAUGUCAGGAUCUUUGGGGGUUUCUGCUGUAAAUAAAGGCAACGUGUGCUCUGUCAUGUUUAAGCUGGUAUUAGACAUGAGCUUAAAGACUAGUGAUCAUUUUCUUAAAGGCUGAAGACUUGGAGAUGAGUUUAUUCCUGCUCGUAAGGGCAGAAAUAGUUAUUCAUCAACAGUGUUUACCAGACAUGAUCACGUCUAGACUGAACUGUGCACACGGGUUCAUCUUCGACCCAACACGAUCACUGAGGGGAAAAGUUUUUCGUGUCUGCUCAUGACAGUAGAGAGACAGAAAAACACGUUUCACUUAUUAAAUAAAGACUUUAACAAUCAAUAACAAAGUCUCUUUAGAGUACACAGAUACUAAAAAAAGUGCACGCAAUAGGGGAGAGUGGGGUAAAUUAAGCCACCCCCUGUUGCUUGGAAAUGAUGAAAGAAAUUGAUCAUGUGACCAAAUAUUUAGGAGAUGGGCAUCAAUUCAUGGAGUCUGUGAAGGUUAAAAGCACAUAGGUGAAGGGGUUAGACAUUUGUUUCCAAAAAAAUAAAUAAAUACUCUUGAAAGUGAAUUUAGUCUGUCCUAAGUUUUAUUAGAAUUGUGUUCAGACCAAAAAAAAAGAUCAUUUUAAAUUUGUUUUAUACAGCAAUUGUUGUAUCUAUGAGCUACAACAUGAGGUCAAAAAUCUAGCAUAAAAGUCCACACAUUUUAGCUUAGAGGACUAAUAAAGUCAUAAUUGUAGUUCUGGGGUUAGUUGAGCCAGUGGUUCAACUGAGAAAGUAAAGGAGUCUGAUGCAAGGACCAGAGUUUCAUUUCAGAUCGUUGAAAUGUGUUACUUUUUCUUUUCAAAAUACAGCUGUGAAUGUUCUGAAUCACUUACAGGCAUUCUCAUGUUAAAAUGAUUUUUAGUUAUUUAUGUAGAAGGUGAGGGAGGGCUGAGGUGGAGAGUGUGGGGGGUGGGGGGUAGUAGGGAUACGGCUCAACUUACCCCGCUCCUAUGGUCAACUUACCCCAUACACGGGGUAAGUUGACCAUAGGAGACCACUUUUUUUGGCAUGCUAUAUAUUAUCAAGACAGUUAUGUUUACACUCAUUCUGUUGGUUUGCAGGGAUGGACAACAUUUUGAAAUAUAUGCAGAUACAUGAGUUAGAUUGCCUUGAUGUAGUGAUCUGAAAUAUGAAAAAUGGCUCAUCUUACCCCACUCUCCCCUACGUUUUACAGGACAUCAAGUGUUGUACACAUGUUAAUCAAUUGUUAAGAACUAAUUUAUGUUUAGCAUGUCUUUUCAGGCAUGUUUUGGUUAACUCAUAUAGUUAAUAAUUUUAUGUCCCUCCUAGUUAGCUUUGCCAAAAUUGAACAUAAAGCAGACACCAAACACAAAAUGCAAAAGGGACAUUGAUGUGGAGAAAAUAAUGCCUCAGUAAGAAGAGAAAGGCUAGCUCUUAGCACAGUUAUGUAAUACAGUUAGUGUUGUUUCCAUGGAGCUCACCUUUGAACUAUGUGAAAGGUUUGCUGAUUGACAUCAAUAAAUUCUACGCUCAUUUCCUCAGGAUGUUCUGCAAUCAGUUUUAUUGGUAUAAUGUAAUGUAUAUGUUACCAAAAGUUUUACCAAUCUUUAAAGAGGAAGAAAUGGUCAUGAGGUGCUUUGUCAUAUAUUUUUUACACAAUGAAAUAAAGUGAUGAGCCAAAUGAAGUUAACCCCAUCCCUGACAAACUGGCAUCAAUAGGCAAUAUAAGGAAAUAUGAGUGUUGAGGAAACUUCUGAAAUCUUUUUCAUGAAUUGAAGAAAAAGGAGCAGUAGCAGCAGUUUCUAGUCAUGAUCCCUGGUUGAUAGAAAGUUGGUUGAAAAAGCAAAAGGACAUUAAUAGAGAAGUGAGAAUCGCUGACUCAGCUGUUACCAUUUUGCUGUGUCACAAUUUGCUUCCAUUGAAGUUCAUGGUCAUCAGCUCUUAGUCAGCAGCUGUUACAUGUGAGUUGUCUUUAAAGGUCUUGCCCAACUUUGCAUGAUGGUCAUUUUUGGUCUGAUCCAGUCCCUUACUUUUGUUAAGCAUUCAUCCAUAGAGAAGUAUUUCAAAUGUCCUCUAAGCUUUGGAGGUUUUGUUUUCUUCCAUUGUCUCAAAAUAGCUUCACAAGCUGUAAUAACAUCGACAAUAAACCAGAAAAACACUUUUAUCCCUUGGAGCAUUCAAGCUGUUUCUAUAAAUGCACCACAAUGCAGUACUAAUCUGGCACUAACAAAGAUGAAAGAGUUCAAAAAUAUUUGUUUUCACAGUUAUGAUGUAAAAGCAGCCUCUCUGUGUAAUAAAAGAUUUUGUAAGGAAGGAAGUAUGAAGUUAUCUUUUUCAAACUGUUGGUUGAAAAAUUAAAUCACUUUCUGUAGAGAAUAGAUUUCUGAAAACUAACUUUUGGAGUGCUUUUGUCCUUCAGGUGUGCUGGCACUGUGGACCCUGAUCACCCACAUUAUGUACCUGCAAGACUACUGGAGGACCUGGCUGAAGGGCCUCAAGUUCUUCCUCUGCAUCGGGGUGUUCUUCUCUGUCCUGGCUAUAGUGGCCUUCAUCACUUUCCUGUCUGUUGCAAUCCACAACAAGGAGUGUAAGUUCUUCUGACAUAUGAUUGACUUUAUUUUACCCAAUGUGUUUUUGAACUGUGGUGCACUAUACUUAGACCAGUUUCUUUAUGUUAUCACUCUGAGCACACAAACCUCUAGACCCUGGCCGCCCACAUGUCAGCACCUCAGUUGUACUGCCCCCAUCAAAUAAGUCUGGGUACAUCCCUGCUGGGACCUGAGUGCUGUCAGGCUUUUAAGCUUGGUCAACAACUGAUCUGAUUAUUCUGAAAGAUUCAAGAUUCAAGAUUUGUUUAUUAGUCAUGUGCAUGUCAAACAAGGUCAACAAGGCAAUGAAAUACUCUGGAUAAGAGGACCGCUCGACUCAGAGGAGUACAGAUAAAACAAACAAUAAGUACUGAAGGAAUACGAUAAAAUAAGGAUAGGAAAAAAUGUUCAAGACGAAUAAAAGUAUAAGAAAUAUUUAAAAAGUGUGAGAAAUAUUUAAAAGUGUAAAGGAGAUAUUUACAAAGUGAACACGUAAUGCAGUAGGUGCUGAGUGUGAAUGUAUAAAAUGGAGGAUAAGUCGGUGGGAUGAAUGAAGUAUGAAAAUUACCAUAUUGCGCAUGAUAAAUAAGAUGCUUAACUUUAGAUUCUGUCCUGAAAAGGCAGUAAAAAGCUAACAUUUUAAUAUGUGUCUUACUGAAUAAACUGCAUGAUCAUUGUGUCGAUUGCUGUUUCGGUCUCUCACAAGUCAGUCGGGAUGAAAUUUUGAGGAAAUGAAACCACACUGAAUGAAGGACAGAGGGAUCCUUAAUAAUGCAGAUUAGAUAUGGAAUCAAACAUUUUAAUCACAACAACCAAAUCAUACGUUUUUUGUUUGCCAUACACAGCAUAAUAAAAGCAUAAAGGCCUACAUAUAACAUGGACCUACAGUAAAAUAAUAAGAUAGCUAAUAACCCCACUAUAUGUCUAUAAACAAUGGUGGUUUAAAUAGUAUUUACAGGAAUCUCCCUUCCUCUCUUCUCCCCUCUCAGUUCAGUAGGUUGAUGCUGACAUACUGCCUCAUUGUGCAUGAUCAUGUUUCUUAUUAAAUGUAUUUAUUUAAAAAAGUAGCUAAAUUUAAUACAGUGGGUCAGUGUUUUAGUGUGGUUUUGCUGGUUAUUGUAGGUUCAACAAGUAAGGUUAUUCAGACCUUAUGCAUGAUGGUUAUUAUGUGGGCACAUUAUACAAAGGCUGUUUCAUAGAUUUAAAUGAAGGCUCAAGGCAAAUAAUUUGCCUCAAGGCUUUUUUUAGUAAUCAAGUAACUCAAUUUAUUCAAGGAACCAUUUCACCCUUAGCUGCUUGACCAAUCAGAAGUUGUAUCGUGAUCAGCUGACCUGAAAAGGUCCAAUCAAUUCCCUUUCUAAGUAGAGCAGUGAAAAUAAUACAACUUGGAAUAAAAUUUGUGUUGUCAACACCAAAAACCUGUAUAAGCCCACGUUUGUCCACACAGGUCAGUCAAUAGGUAAUUAUAAAGAGAACAAUAAACGCAUUAAUCAAUAAGCAGAAUAGAUAAUGGCAUUAGUAUCAUUAAAAUCUUAUCAAUUACCAUCCCUACCCCUAACCAUCGUUGCCCCCUCUUCAUGAAUCUGCUCACAAGCCUUCAGAACCACUGAUCUAACUAAAGAGCACCUCUGGACUUUAUUGAUCUUAAUGCAUCUUGGCUGGGCUCUUUUUGUGUUUUUACCCCCAGAUGGGAUGUUAAAGGAAUGUUUACCAGUUUAGUUCAGUGUUAUUAGAAUUGUGUUUCACAAUUAAAACUACCAUCUUAAGAGAAAAAAAAGGUCUCACUUUUUCAUUUUGUGUUCUUUAUAUAUUUUUUUUUGUUUGGCUAAAAUUGCUACACCAGGCAUAUAAAAAGAAUAUAUGUCAUAAAAAAUGUUUAACUUUAACUGUUCAUCAAUGCCUCUGUGCUGUGUUUUGUUUCUCUCUCACAGCUCUGACCAACCCCAGUAGCCUCUACUUGUCGUGUGUGUGGAGCUUCAUGAGCCUCAAGUGGUCGUUCCUACUCUCUUUGAGUGCCCAUCGCUACCGUAAAGAGUUUGCAGAUAUUAGCAUCCUCAGUGACUUUUAAAAACACAGCAGUCCGGCAUCAUGUAAGUAAAGAGACUCUGUGGUAAACUUGCUGUCCUGGUCACCCAGCAAGAAGUGAUAUUGGACGUUUUAAGAGGAAUCAAAGGAGAUUUUAAAUUACUUAAUGUUGUGGAUGAGCACCCUGAUCCUUGGCCAAACCUCUCCCAAAUCCUCUCACAUUUUUAUUAUGUGUGCCGGGUUUGUUGUUGACUGUGCCUCUUGACACACAGUCCUGUUUUAUAUGAUCCCUGCUUGAUUUCAUAUUUUCACUACCACAGCAACCUGCUUAGUCAUGCAUCUCCACAAUUUCCUCAUGACAAACUCCAUCACUGUUAUUAACAAUGACUCAGUGGAGGGAACUCCUACAUAACAACACUCCCUUGUGGUAAUUAUCAGCUGCAGUUUCAUGUUGCAGCCACUAGUGGGUGCAAUCAUCCCAGCAAUAAAACACCAUAAUUUUUCUCUUCAACACUGAAACUACAUCUAAAUAUUCUUUUUUUCCCCUUCUUCUUCUUUUUGUUCUUUACAAUUUAUUUUAAAGAUCUAGACACCUUUUUUUCUACCACAUGUUGCACUGGUCACAAAGAAACAAUGCUACGAUAAAUAACAGCCUUUUAUCAUUGAUGGCACGUGUAAGGGUUUUGGGAAGAAGCCGCUCACUAACAUUCUUCAGCAUCAACACAUAUGCUCCUCAUAUGCAGCUACGAGUAAGCACCUGGUUCAAUGUAUCUCUUUACCAUAAAAAAGCAUUAUAAUAGUACAAAGAAUGAUUUUUGUAAUGUUUUCCUAUGUGUGACUUGAAAUACAAAUGGAAGUGUGGAAUUAGGCCUUCUUUAUGGCUUCAAUUCACAAUGGUAGGAACGCCACUAAUGUGUGUGCAUGUUGCUUUUGAUUAUAUUCCCUUUACAUGGAUCAUUUAUGAUAGUUAAGUUGUUGCUUAAUGAGAUUAUUUUGUCAUAUUUCCUUUGAAUGUUCAUCUCUGUACAGCCUUGUGUCAAAAAUUAAGAAAGAGCAUUGUGUAUUCACUUGUGUAAUCUGAUUGAAUGUAAGAGUGCGUGUUUGUAUAAGAGUGAGUGUGAGUAUCACCUCAAUAAAUAUGUUUUUAAACAUCUUAUUU